CCCAGUCCCCUGCUGCGAGCCGCGAGCGAAGCGACAUCCUGCAGACUGAUUCCGAGAGUCGUUUUCGUCGCUCCGUCUCUCGCGCACUCGUAGGGUGUCCUGUACACAGGAGCGAGAGAGAAAGAACGAUUCUCGGAAUCAGUCUGCUGUCCGCCUCUUCACGCUUCGCGCCUGCCCGCCGGAUAAAGGGACGAUUGCUCGGCUCUCGUUGCCAGUCCCGCCACGACACUCGUCGCGUCUAGAGCCUAGAGCCAGCAUAGAGCCAGAAACCGCCCUAGGACCCACACCAGGACCCAGGCGCGCACACGCCGCUUUGCUGCUACCCGGCCGGCUGAUUUGCGGAGGACAUCAGCGCAGAUCUCCAAAAAACUACAGCGGCCUUUUCAUCAGUUUAUCCUUCAAUCACACAAGUCUCUUGUUGGAAUUCUCUGCCAAAAUAUGUACACCGUAUCAGAAAAUAUGAAACCAGACCCACAGAGCUGUGUCAUUGAUCUACGCAGUGACACAUUAACCAUGCCCAGUAUGGAGAUGCGGAAAGCAAUGUUUGAGGCUGAGGUCGGGGAUGAUGUUCUUCGGGAAGACCCUACAGUCAAUGCCUUACAGGAUAAAAUAGCAAAAAUCUUACAGAAGGAAGCAGCUUUAUUCAUGUCCAGUGGAACUUUGAGUAAUUUAAUUGCAGUUAUGGCGCACUGUUACAAACGAGGCGAUAAAGUCCUUAUUGGCCACAAGAGCCAUAUAUUACAACAUGAGGAUGGGGGUGUGUCUGAACUGGGAGGAGUCAUGAUAAAUACUAUUCCUAACAAUGCUGAUGGUACUUUUGAUCUCCAAUUAAUGGAAAAAAAUUACUGUGGAGGAAACAUCUCACUAGUUUGCAUUGAAAACACUUUUGGCCAUGGUGGAAGUGUGCUUCCACUUGAGUUCAUUGACAAGAUUGGCUCUAUUUUAUCAAGAAAAAAAAUACCGCUCCAUUGUGACGGGGCCCGUCUUUUCAAUGCUGCUGUAUACCACAAAGUUCCACCAGCCCGCCUUGUAAAGGAUUGUGCAUCAGUCUCUGUUUGUCUCAGCAAAGGGCUUGGAGCUCCUGUAGGCUCCCUUCUAGUUGGAAACCGCGACUUCAUUGAAAAAGCUUUCAGACUGAGGCAUCUCCUUGGUGGGGCCAUGCGUCAGUCAGGCGUCCUGGCAGCAGCAGGCAUUGUAGCUCUGGAUACCGGCGUAGCCAGACUGGUGGAGGAUCAUGAAAGAUUACACAAACUUGUAACAGCUAUGGUUAACAUGAAAACAAGUUGUCUUAAGUUGGAUGUGGAUCUGAUGCACACCAAUAUUGCCAUAAUACAUGUCAAUCCAAAGUGCUGCACAGCGAAAGAACUUGUAGAAAGACUAUUUGAGGUAACACCUGAAGAAGAAGCUGAGAUUGGGAAGGCAAUAAGGAUUAAAUGUUAUGAAAUAGGCGUGCAAGAAAUCAGAUUUGUCACAUGGAAUGCCAUCACUGAUGCAGAUAUCAAAAAUGCUUUAGAAAAGCUCUCUUACAUUGUCAAAGAACUUGAGAAAAAAAUGUCGGCAAGUUCAAGUGAAAUAUGAGAAGUAGGUGAGCAAUCACAAAAGUGAAGUAAAUUCACAAACACAUCAGUCUUUAAAGAGAUGUAUUUCAAAAUGUAUGAAAACCUGGACAAUGUCUAAUUUUGUUUUAAAGACAAAUAUUUUAUGUGCGGUAAGAAAUAAAAUUAAAACCAAGCCUUUGAUACAAUA